CUCGUCGUCGAUCUCCACCGGACAUGCUAGGCGUCUGAGGGUCAACCAUGGCUGCUGAUGACUUGUGCUGCGGACGGAGCAUUCCCAAGUCCCGAGGUGUUUAGCAACCAAGCCUACACCAAGCCAAACUCCAGCGACAAGUUUCUCCGGACACCGUGCGUCGUUGGGAAUGCCGCGAGAACUGAAGUCGAACAACAGACGGGAGAACCUGCGCGGGGGAAGAAACUGCUUAGCUUCCCACCCGUGUGAUGGAGUCUUCCCACUUACAUGUACCGCCUGCAGAAGGAGAGAAACUGCACGCGUGUGAUAUGUGUGGACACAGAUUCGCGCUAGAGACGCAUCUGCAGACACAUGCGCUCAUUCACUCGGGAGAGAAACCCUAUGUGUGUAUUACGUGUGACUAUAGAUGCUCUCAGAUGUGUGAGCUGAAGCGACACAAACGCACCCAUACAGGAGAGAAAUCCUACGUGUGUGAUAUUUGUUCAUAUUCGUGUUCCAACUCAAGUAGCCUAAAGAUUCACUUUCGAACUCACUCGGGUGAAAAGCCCUAUGCAUGCGACACAUGUGAGUACAAAUGUACAUCAUCCUCUAUUCUCCAGAGACACAAGCUCACUCACACAGGAGAGAAACCAUACACGUGUGACAUGUGUGACUAUAGCUGCUCUCGAAUGGCUACACUCAAGCAACACAAACGCAUUCAUACCGGAGAGAAACCCUAUGUGUGUGAUACAUGUGGAGACAGGUACACUAAACUAGCCAGUCUUAAGACACACGUGCGAACUCACACCGGAGAGAAAUGCUAUGCAUGUGAGACGUGUGAGUAUAGCUGCUCUCGGAUGCGUACUCUCAAGCGCCACAAACGCAUUCAUACAGGAGAGAAACCCUAUGUGUGUGACAUUUGUUCAUAUUCAUGUUCUAACUUAGGUUACAUGAAGGUGCACUUUCGAACUCACUCGGGCGAAAAGCCGUAUGCAUGUGACACAUGUCAGUACAAAUGUACGUCAUCCAAUUCUCUCAAGCAACACAAGCACAUUCAUACAGGAGAGAAACCCUAUGCAUGCGAUAUGUGUGACUACAGGUGCAAUCAACCAGCAAAUCUUAACAAACACAAGCGAGCUCACACAGGAAGAAAGCCGUAUGCAUGUGACAAAUGUCAGUACAAAUGCACGUCAUCCAGUUCUCUCAAGCAACACAAGCACAUUCAUACAGGAGAGAAACCCUAUGCGUGUGAUAUGUGUGACUACAGGUGCAAUCAACCAGCAAAUCUUAAGAAACACAAGCGAACUCACACAGGAGGAAAGCCCUAGGCAUGUGAUAACACAUUGUCAAUGAUAUAGUUACUGCUUGCACGUGAUAUGUGUGAAUACAGUUGCUCUCCAGAAAUCGCUGCUAUUCUCAUUUCUUGUUUUAAUCAAUCUCAUCUUUUAUUUUCCAAUUGCUGAUCAGUUCUCAGAAGUGCUUAGCACACUGUUACAGUAGUGGAGAACUCUGGCUCACUGUAUAUAUUACUUCAUGUUAAUUCUCUUACAUAAUUAUUGUUCUAUUUGUAUCUCUUUUGUCCUAGAUUCUGUUGUCAUUGCUUAAACAAGAAUAAAACCGCAUCAGACGUCAGAAAGCAA